AUGAAUCCUAAUACUAAAAGGAUUUCUUACGUUGAAUGUUGCGACUUUAAAUUACUUGAUUCUCAACCAUUUCACCAAAGUCUGUUUUGCAAACUGACGGUUAUAAAUAACGUUGAAGACAAUCCUCUAGAAAACGAAGAAAACGAAAAUAAUGACAGGGAACCCGAUGAACUUGUAGACGACAUUUUUCAAAACUUAGAUGUAAAACCUUUAAAUACGCUUGUCAGCACAGACAAUCUGUAUAAACAGAUGCUGUUGAUUGAAAGGGAGAUUGGUCAUUUAUUGGAAACAGAUGGUUUUAGUAAAUAUGAAAAAGAAAUGCGAAGAGCCGAAUAUGAUAUGAAACUAAAUACAAUAGAAAACCAAUUUGAGUAUUUAAAGUUUCGAUUACAAGAAGCUCAGGUGCAUAAUUUAGGUCUACCAGAUUACAUCAAUUUGGAAAAUCCUCAUUUUAUGUCUGCUGAUGAUAGAUGGAAAUUAUAUUUUCAAUGGAUUUAUUUAUAUGAAAGGCAUUUGCUUCACCAAAAAGCUUUGCUGGGUACCAAGUUCAGAGAAGAGUACGCUGUGUAUGCAGAAAUGCGUGACAUAGAAGACACCAACGUUAUGAAAGACGCUUUAGUUGUCGGAAUGACAACAACGGGAGCAGCUCGUCUAAAUACGUCAUUAAAAGCUCUAAGAAGUCCAAUAGUCAUAGUAGAAGAAGCUGCUGAAGUAUUAGAAUCCCAUAUAAUAACUGCUAUUACAUCGCAUUGCCAACAUUUGAUUUUAAUAGGUGAUCAUCAGCAGUUAAAACCUAGUACAGCUAGUUAUCAGAUAGAAACAAGGUAUAAAUUAAAUAUAAGUCUUUUCCAAAGAAUGGUUGACAAUAACGUAGAAUGUCAUACAUUGAAUAUACAGCAUAGAAUGAGACCCGAAAUUGCCAAUUUAAUUAGACCUACCAUUUACCCAGUUCUGCACGAUCACGAAUCGGUAUAUGAUCGACCAAAUAUUUUAGGAAUCGAACAUACACUAUUUUUUAUUGAUCACGAACACAAAGAAUCUUUAUGCAAUGAUAACAGUAAGAAAAAUAUACACGAAUCUAAAUUUUUAAUGCAGUUGGCAAAACACUUAGUCUUAAAUGGUUAUAAGGCGGAGAAUAUUAUUAUAUUAGCUGCUUAUUUGGGACAGAUGUUUGAAAUGCAACGUGAACGCAGAAUUCAUAGGUACGUAUGUAUAGAAAUAUAUAAUUUACAUAGUGCAUUAAUAAAUGUAUGUACAAGUAUGAACUAG